CAUGAGGUGAGCUCUCCGAGGUCCUGUCGCGACAGACCUUCAGCAAUUGAGUGCGAUACAACCAAGAUUCACUCCUUUUUGCCGCCUGCAGAGCGAGAUACAUAGACGCAGGCCUUCACAAUGGCCACGUCUCGAACUAUAAUCCGCAGGGCGCUCAUGUACGUCCCCAGCUCCUCGAAGAAAAUGCUCGAAAAGUCCGCCUCCCUACACGUCGACACCCUAGCCUACGACCUCGAAGACAGCGUCCCCCCGCACCUAAAAACCGAAGCGCGCCACAACCUGCACCACAUCCUCUCUCGCCCGCGCCCCCAUGGGAUAAAAGAGCUCUGCGUGCGGAUAAACAGCGUCUCCACGGGGCUCGCCCUCGACGACCUCACAUCCGUGCUGCGCGGCGAGCACAUCGACGCCAUCAUGCUACCAAAAUGCGAGAGCGCCGCGGAUCUGCACUUCGUGACGGACGUGAUACGGCACGUGCUACCCGAGCGGCAUCCGAGCGAGGCGGCGAAGAGCGUGCAUAGGGACGAGAAGCCGCCGCUGGCGAUCAUCGCGCUGGUGGAGUCCGCGCGCGCGGUGCUGAACCUGCCGGAGAUUUGUCGCGCGUCGCCGUAUCUGUCAGGCCUUGUGUUUGCGGCUGAGGACUUCGCGAACGACUUGUCGCUUACGCGGACGCCGGCGCUGACGGAGUUUCUGUAUGCGCGCAGUGCGAUUGCGACGGCGGCGCGCGCGGCGGAGCUGCCGUCUACUAUCGAUCUCGUGUGCACGGCGUAUAAGGGCGAGGCGGGGCUGAAGACGCUGGAGGAGGAGUGUGUGAAUGGGAAGGGGCUGGGCUUCAAUGGGAAGCAGUGUAUUCAUCCGAGCCAGAUUGAGGUGUGUCAGAGGACGUUUGCGCCGGGGGACAGGGAAGUCGAGUGGGCGGCGCGGGUGGUGAUUGCGGACGAGAAGGCUGCGCAUAAGGGGAGGGGGGCGUGGACGCUGGAUGGGAAGAUGAUCGAUGUGCCGGUUGUGAAGAAGGCGAGGGCUGUGUUGGAGAGGGCUGAGAUGUGUGAGAUUGAUGUCGCGGCUGUGAGAGAGAAGUGGAAGGAUCAGGAGCCGGAGUAAAUAGUAGAGGCGGAAAUUCACGAGAAUGAAUUAACUUGGGAAUGCCUCUAAAGUCCACGAGGUCUUCAUGGGGUCGAGAUAUCAGUGUGGGCGCGGCGUUGGUAAUACCAACGAUUGAGGCAAGAAUAGGGUCUUAACCCGACAGGACAACAAGUGACAAAACUCCGUAUGCUAUUCCCGUAGUGUACGCUUGGUUCUAUAUGUUCAUUCAUAACCCC